AUGGAGCCAGAGUUCUGCUACGGAAACGGCUCGUGUGUGAGGACGGUCUACACUGUUGCUGUCCGCGUCACACUCUACUUGGUCCUGGGGUCUGCGGUGGUCUUCACAGUGCUGGGGAACCUCUUUGUGAUCGUGGCCAUCGCUCACUUCAAGCAACUCCACACGCCCACCAACUACCUGACCCUCUCCCUGGCCGUAACCGACCUCCUCCUGGGGGUUCUGGUCAUGUUCCCCGGUAUGAUUCGUGCCGUCGAGACCUGCUGGUACUUUGGGGAGAUGUUCUGCAGGCUCUUCCUUAGCUAUGACAUCUUGCUGUGCACCGCGUCCAUCAUGAACCUGUCCUUUAUAUCCAUCGACCGCUAUUAUGCCGUGUGCCAGCCUCUGCUCUACCCCCGUAAGAUAACGGUUCACACCGCAGUCAUCAUGAUCCUGGUCACAUGGUGUGUCUCGGCUGUGGUUGGCUUCGGGAUGGUCUUCCUCAAGCUAAAUAUUUUGGGAAUGGAGGAGUUGUACUAUAACAACUUGGCUUGUGAAGGAGGGUGCACUUUGUUUACGACUGUUGUCGCCAGCACUGUCUCGGCGAUCAUCUCUUUCUACCUCCCCGGGGUCAUCAUGCUGGCCAUCUACCUGAAGAUCUUCAUGGUUGCCCAGAGACAAGUGCGCACCACAGGCGUAAAGAACACCAGCUCCUCCAAGGUGGACAAGCACCAGAGGAAAGCCACCAAAACGCUGGCCACCAUCAUGGGCGUGUUUCUGUCACUCUGGACACCGUUUUUCCUCUGUUACAUCAUCGACCCCUACAUUGGCUACUCCAUUCCACCAACCUUGUUCGACAUACUCUCCUGGCUGGGGUAUCUGAAUUCAACCAUCAACCCGUUGGUGUACGCCUUCUUCUACAGUUGGUUCAGGAAGGCUUUUCAAAUCAUCGUUUCUGGUCGCAUCUUUCGUUCUGACAUGUCGGACACAAAACUAUUUGUAGAGUGACAGUGGUUUCAUGUUGAGGCCUCCCAGAAGAUGUGGAGCCCGGAAAAUAACUGCUUAUCAACUGAUGAGUGGAAAUUCUAAUCAAUUAAAAAUGUUUGUCCUAUUAAAUCUUUUUAUUCACCAUUCAAAUAAAAAAAUAUUUUUCUUGAAACCCAAAAUCACCCAAUACUGAUAUUAUUUGUAGUAUCAUUUAUGCCUGCUGUUUUAU